AUGGCGGGCUACGCGCCGCGCCUGCCCUGGCUGUUGCCGCUGCUGAAGCAGGCGGCUCCUCUGGCCGCCUGGACUCGGGCUGCCAGCCUCCGCGCCUCGCCGCACUUGGCCAGCAGGUGCGGGACAUCUCCCGUGCCGCCGCUGCUGCUGUCGCCACUGCUGGGCGCACCGUCAUGUCGCCGCCGCCUCCUUCUCCUCCCGCCCGCAGCGGCGGGCAGCGCCACGCGCUCCCUGAGUGCCGCCACAGGCGCGGAGCCGCCCGCACCGCCGCGGGGGUCUGCGAGCACCCCGCCGCGCUUCGAGGCUCGGAGGCUGCUGGCCCUAGCGCACCCUGAGCGCUGGAGACUGACAGCUGCUGUUGGCUUUCUGACAGUUUCCAGUGUCAUAACCAUGUCGGCCCCUUUUUUUCUGGGGAAAGUUAUUGAUGUUAUUUAUACAAAUCCCAGUGAAGACUUCACUGACAGCCUGACCAGCCUGUGUGCCUUGCUGAGUGGAAUCUUUUUCUGUGGUGCUGCUGCUAAUGCUACACGUGUCUACCUCAUGCAGACUGCAGGACAAAGAAUUGUGAAACGUUUGAGAACAACCAUGUUCUCCUCUAUAUUGAAGCAAGAAACCGCAUUCUUUGAUAAGACCAGAACAGGAGAGCUGAUAAACCGCUUAUCGUCAGAUACAGCCCUCUUGGGCCGUUCAGUAACUGAAAACCUUUCAGAUGGCCUCAGAGCAGGAGCACAAGCAUCUGUGGGGGUUGGAAUGAUGUUUUUUGUGUCUCCCAGCCUUGCUGCAUUUGUUCUGAGUGUUGUGCCACCCUUGGCUGUCUUGGCUGUGGUUUAUGGAAGAUACUUGCGAAAACUUACUAAAAUGACCCAAGAUUCUCUUGCAGAAGCAACACAGUUAGCUGAAGAACGUAUUGGAAACAUAAGAACAGUUCGAGCUUUUGGGCAAGAAGUUGCUGAAAUGGCAAAGUAUACAAAUAAAGUUGAUGAUGUGCUACAGCUGGCUAAAAAAGAGGCACUAGCUCGAGCAGGCUUCUUCGGAGCCACUGGUCUGUCUGGAAACUUAAUUGUCCUUUCAGUCUUAUACAAAGGAGGAUUACUCAUGGGCAGUGCCUACAUGACAGUUGGAGAACUCUCAUCUUUCCUAAUGUAUGCUUUCUGGGUUGGAAUAAGCAUUGGAGGUCUGAGUUCCUUUUAUUCUGAGCUAAUGAAAGGACUCGGUGCUGGUGGACGUCUAUGGGAACUUAUUGAAAGGAAGCCCCAACUUCCAUUUAAUGAGGGAAUCACAUUGGGCAAAGACACAUUCAGAGGUGCUUUGGAAUUCAGGGACAUUGAGUUUGCAUAUCCAACACGUCCAGAAGCAUCCAUUUUCAAAGAUUUUAGCCUUUCCAUUCCAGCUGGCUCUGUUAUGGCUCUGGUUGGCCCAAGUGGUACAGGGAAAUCCACUAUUGUAUCCCUUCUGCUGAGGCUGUAUGAUCCUAUCUCAGGUACUAUCACUGUUGAUGGCUUUGACAUUCGUCAGUUAAAUCCACUGUGGUUCAGGACAAAGAUUGGAACAGUGAGUCAGGAACCAAUUCUGUUCUCCUGUUCUAUUGCUGAAAAUAUUGCCUAUGGUGCAGAGGAUCCUUCUACUGUGACUGCAGAGGAGAUUGAGAAAGUUGCUGAAAUAGCUAAUGCUGCUAGUUUCAUCAGAGAUUUUCCAAAAGGAUUUGACACUGUAGUUGGAGAAAAAGGCAUUUUGCUUUCAGGUGGACAGAAGCAGCGAAUUGCAAUUGCUCGAGCUCUGCUCAAGAAUCCAAAAAUUCUUCUGCUAGAUGAAGCAACAAGUGCUUUGGAUGCUGAAAAUGAGUAUCUAGUGCAAGAAGCUCUGGACCGACUGAUGGAAGGGAGGACAGUCCUAAUCAUUGCUCAUCGUCUCUCUACUAUUCAGAAUGCUGAUUUUGUUGCAGUCCUUGGCCAGGGUAAAAUUCUUGAAUGUGGAAAACAUGAGGAACUGCUUGCCAAUCCAAAUGGACUUUUCAGGAAACUAAUGCAGAAACAAGCUUUCCUUCAGAAUAGUGAUAAUUUCACAUUAGAUUUACAAUCCAGAGAAAAAGAGGUAUUAAAAGAAAAUGUAUGAGAGUAUAUAUGAAUAAUGGAAGCUUACAAACU